CUGAUACCUUCCCAACUAACAGGAUCAUGAUGAUGCGGGGGCAAGGGGGCGAUGUGCACACUCUCAGCCAGAACGCGGCACCGCCAGUCUCGCUGGCCAUGACCAGACCGACAUUCCCUAUCGAGCAGGAGGACGUACUCCCACACGCACACACGACAGGGGCACACCAGAUGGGGAGAUGUGUGUGCCUUUGUGUGGACAGGUGAGCGAUUUGUUGCCCGAGGGGACGAGCACCCGCUGCUGUGCGUCGCCGAGCAGCUGCUGCACUUGGGGUGAGUGAGCAAGGGCAUGGAGCCCCGUACUUCAACAUGGUGGAUGAAGACGUGUGGCACUGUGUGUCGGAUGUGCAGGCCAGCCGUCGUCAUCGGAUCAGCAGCCGCAGCCGGGAGGGGCCGGAGGGCUGAGGGGGAUGAUGCAUGUGCCACUGCGCCAACAGCCAAGUACACACCCGUGGCUAAAGUAACGGCUAGAUGGAUGGAUGUGUGUGUGUGUGUGUGGAUGGUACGCACAGACGACGACGGUCUAUACGAGCUUCUCGGCUCGGGUAUGUUUGCAUGUGGGCAUCGAUCUGUGUUUGUGUGUGUGGACGAGAAUGUGUUCGGCUGUGUGUGUGUGUGUGUGUGUGCAGGGUCAUCGGCUCUCUCGUCGUUCAGGGAAGGACCACCUCCUCCAAUGCACGUGGUCAGUAAGUACCUAAUAUGUAGCUGUGCAUGGGCAUGAUGGACACAUUUCCUUCUGUCUCUCCCUCCCUGUGUGUUUGUUGAUGGCUGAGCAGAGGCCUCCUCGUGCUGCCGCUGUUCCUCCCCUUCCCCCUCAGAUGCACCAAAUGGUGCAUCUUUACGGUCCGUCGGCACAAUCAGCCGAUAACUCAGAGCGACACACACGUGAAAUCAAUCGCACGGUGCAUUCGGUUGCAAUGCAGGCCCGCCCCCCUCUCCCCUGCCCUUCCCACAUCCGGUGCACGGACAGCUACUCACCCAUUACGCCUCCACCCCUCCGCCCCAUCCUCAGUUUCAUCCGCCCAUGAAGCGGAAAACCGGCGCACGUACGCAUGUUAGCUCCACUAAUGGCAGAGUGUGCGUGUGGGUGUGGUGUGGUGUGGGCAGCGCCAUUGCCGCAUCCCCGGGUGCGCAGGACGCAGAGCAGAGGAAUGAGCGAGGAAGACACUAAGGGGGCGGACAAGGUGGGUGCUUCUGGGUAUACGUACACAGAGAGAGACACACGGAUAGCUAUCCAUCCAUCUGUCUGUCUGUCUGUCUGUCUGUGUGUGUGUGUCUGUCUCUGUGUGUGUGUGUGUGUCCACAGGAGAGGAGAGACACUGCAGCUGUGAUAUCUGCAAGAGAAAGGCCGGAGAGAGAGGGGGAAGAAAUGCAGGAGGAAGUCAGCCAUAUGCCUGCACACGUACGGACACGGACACGGACACACCCAGACACACACUCACACCUUCACCGUGUCCGUACGCAUGGCAUGCAUGGCAUGCACAUUUCUGCACCUGUAUGUGUAUAUGUGCAGCCCCCGCCUCCCAGCAGGAGGCUGUCGUCCAUCGAGCACAUGCGCGUCUCGUCCAUCAUACUCGACGCAAUCGCACAGGAAGUACACACACCCACCCACCCUCACCACCACCCCUCCACACACACACGUAUGUGCGUGUGCACUCACUAUACAGGUGGCCAUCCCGCCUCCCAUUUUGCGGCCAACACAGGAGCAGACACACGUAUGUAUCUUCUUGUGUGUGCAGAAAGUCCCUCAAUACGUCAGUCCCUCGUGUUGCGUGCAGGCAGGAAAACGCGAAAUAGAGGAGCAACAGGAGGAGCAGCAGCAGCCAGAACUGGUGCGUGUGUGUGCGUGUGUGUCUCGUGGAGAGACGGAGACCCUGUUUACGCGUGUGCAGAGAACGGAGCUUCCAUUGCUGCCACCCUCUCCCGCCCCAAAACAGCCGCUCACACGUGUUUCCUACCACCCGUACACACACAAACAGAUGGCCAUGGUGACCAUACACACACCCCUACCUACACAUAGACACAGAUGUGUGUGUGUGUGUGUUCAGUCGAGGAGUUCCCCGUCUGUGCGUGUGUCUGAGUCUCGGUCGCGAGCUGAGCUUGAGCAGCGGCAGCUGCUGAGAGCAGCCAGCAUGCCUUGCACCCCCAGGUCUGCACACCUCCCACCGCCCCCAACACACACUCACUCACUCACUCACACACAAAGAUGGCUCUGUGUGUCGAUCGGCCUCUCUGUGUGCGUACGUGAAUGUGCAGGGGGCCGCCGCUGUCGCGACCGGCAAGCCCACCCAGGUGAUUGCGCGUGCGGUGAUGGGGUAAUUACACACAUAUGUGGGUUUGUGUGUCGUGUGCAGGGUUGCUGCAGAGGUCAGCAAGAAGAGCGCCCCCAUGAGCGAACGCAUUCAGGUACCUUUUUCGCAUACACACUCUGUACCUACCGAUGCCUCUCUGUCUGUCUGUCUGUCUGAAUGACUGGAGGACUGGGGCGAUCUGAUGGACCUCUUGCUCGACGGCAAGAGAGGACAAGGUGGGUCCGCCUGCCUGCACGUCUGUCUGUCUGUGUGUCGUGUGUCUGUCUGUAUGCUUCCUUGUGCCUUCAUGUGUGUGUGCAGGUGUGUACCGUCAGUUCACUGCCAGUGGGGUGGGCAGGGGAGGGGGCGGCCCUGCCCUAAGCAGCCAGGUCAGUCAGCCGCUCUCUCCCACACCCUCACUCACGUCAACACACAGAGAGAGACAUGGAGGGAGGUGUGGAUGCGAGUCGAGUGCAGGUGUCUCAGCUGGCGAGGAAGCGCACCUUUGGCCUCCCUGCACACAAGGAAGAGUGCAUCAACAUGAUUCUGGUUGGCACCUACACCCACACAAACAAGCCCAUGCAUGACGGCUGGCUGCAGCAGCCAGCCUUUAUUGUGUCCUCGUUCACACGUGCAGGCUCUGCAGGCGCGAGUGCAGGCAGCCGAGAUGCAGUCGGCCGAAUGCGGCGAGAGAGAGGUAGAUUGCCACCCUUUAGCUCCACACAGACACAGACACAGACACUUAUGCGCAGCCCUCGACGUGUGUGUGUGUGUGCGUAGGCGGCAUUGCGGCGCAGCUACGCCUCUUUGCAAGUGAGCACACACCCUCGGACACACACAUGAGUGCUGGGUCAGCCAAUUUCUCCGUCUUGACGUUGGUGUGUGUCUGUCUGCCUUUGUGUGCCUUAGAACGAGCUGUUCAGCUUGCGAGUACAGAUGGGGGGUCGCCCAGAGACAAAGGAAGAGCAGACGCAGUGCGAGUAGGGACAACGCAUGUGUGUGUGCGUGUGUGUGUGUCUGUGUGUGUGUGGAUGCUCACAUAGGCUUCUGAGAGAGGGAGGGCUAGGGCUGUCUGUCUGUGUGUGUGUGUGUGCAGGUGUGUUGUGGACACACGAGAGACGCAGACCUCUGAGGAGCAGACGAUCCUCCCAUUGACAACCACAGAUGGGUACCCACACAGAGCCCUCACGCAUCACAAUGCGUGUGUGUAUCCAUGUGUGUGUGAGCAUAGGUGCGCACAGACAGAAGGUGUCCCCGCCACCACACACGAGCAGAAGACACAGACCGACUCGUAAGGAAAGAACUGCCAAUCUCCAUCCAUCCAUCCAUCCACUCGACAGAGUGGCGCGCAUCGACGGACACGCGCAGACCCACACCACGUACGGCCAACCACCCUCCCUCCCUCCCUCCCUCCCUCCCACACACACACACAUGGUGACAUUGUGUGUGUGUAUGUGUGUGUGCAGAGACACCUGUGCGCAAGACACGCAGACAGAGUUGUGUGCCACACACAAGAGGGAGACACAGACGAUCCCAACACAGAAGAAGAGGUAGGUACGCUCACACACACACACACACACACACACAUGUAUAUGCGUGUCUGUCUGUGUGUGUCAUUGUCGUGUGUGCAGGCCGCCUUCUCUCGUGCACACGCACACACAGACAGCGACGUUACCAAUACGACUGCCCAUGUGUAAGCGAGUGACAGAAAAAGUUAAUUAAAGCCAGCACACGAGAGAGAGCUGUGUCCUUGUGUGGACACGCAGCGAGCAGCGCAUCGAUGCGGCACGUGCACCGAUGCUCGCAGACGGACGACACACAGCAGACAGAGGGCCAGAGAAGGCCACCAGAACGGGCACACAGGCACGUCGGCACACACACAUGAUAUGGACGCACACUCAUACUUUUUUCGUAUGUGCGUGUGCAGGUGUGUGCAGACAGACGAGCAGCAGCUGAUGGCGCUCGCGUCAGUGGACAGGGCAGUCCGCGAGGCGUAUGAGCGAUACAGACCCUUCUUCGACGCACUCACCACCCACACACAGCCGGACGGUACACUCUGACUUCUCCUGCACACCGACCGAAUGCAUGUGCUCUCUCUCUCUCUCUGUGUGUGUGUGUGUGUGUGUAGACAUCAGUACAGCCACACAGCUGGUCGACAGGCUGCAGAAAGAGGUCGCCCUCCGGCUCCCACCACACACGCAUCCAUGCCGUCACGUGUGCCUCCAUCCAUCCAUCCAUUAGGUGUGUCUGUCCCUCUGUGCAGGUGCGAAAACAGCGGCUGACGAUCCAGCUGCUCAACGACCGCAUCCGGCUGCGGGAUGGACACACUUCUUUCGACAAAGUAAGCGAGCGACCUGACGCCACGCCCGGUGCUGUGUGUGCCUUAAGCUUGCGUGUCGAUCGGCAAGAGAGAGAGGAUGUGAUGUGUGUGGUGUGCAAGCAGGUGCUGGAGGCCCGUCUGCACAUGCAGGUACGCAAUGGGCGGACGCAGGGCCCUGCUCAGCUGCUUCAAAGCUAUCUGUGUGUUCGUGCGUGUGUGAAGGAGGAGAGAAUCGCCGAGUUGACGCAGGAGCUGGCCGGCGCACUACCACCACCGUACCUUCACACACACAUGGAGAAAGACAUCGAUGAUUUGUCACGUUUCUGUUUGUCGACACAAAGGCCUCUGGCCGCUGAGCAGCCGGCGGACAAGAGCGCUCUGCAGGUACGCAGCGCAGGUGUCUCUCUCUGCUCUUUGGACGUGCCUGCCUGGUGUGUGUGUAUUUCUUUCUGCGCAUAUGCUAUGCAGCUGCGAAAUGAGCUCUCAAUCGUGCAGUCCUCUCUGCUGGACGCGCAGCACAAGUAAGCUAAGCAACUUUCUGUCUGUCUGUCCGUGUCCUCUGUGUCUGCAGGAGUCAUUCAUUCACUCUCUCUCUCUCCCUGUGUGUGUGUGUGUGUCUCUUCAGGAUAUGCACACUAGAGCAGGAGAAACAGAGCCUGUCCACACAGCUGCGCAACAAGUGCACGCAGAUGGCCAGAAUGAAGAACCAAUGCGCUCAGAAGGUGCACACGUUGCCUCUCACUCCACUCAAAUCCAUCCAUCCAUCCAUCCGCGUGUGUGCAGAUGCGUGAGCGGUCGCUCACACAGCAGGAGGGUCCGUACAGUCGCUGCAAGUGGGGGUGUGAGGAUAUGCACCGCAUUCAUUCCGUCCACACCAUGCGUGAGUGCACACUCAUAGCCAUACACACACACACACACAGAGAGAGAGAGAGAGAGAGUUCUGCGUGCGUCUGUGAGUGUGUGUGUGUGCAGCGAAUGUGAUGCGAUCGCUGCGGGCGUUCAUGAGCGAGUACCGACCUGGUGAGCAAACAUAAAGACAGCCAGUCGUCUUACUUUCUUUGUGUGUGUCUGUGUGCGGAAACAAACAGGUGUUGGAGACCACGUACGCCACCAAACACACACACAUACACACACACACAUUGCAUGCGUGUCUCCAUCUGACUGUGUCUCUGUCCGUCUGUGUGUGUGCGUUAGAAACCGGUGGCUUUGCACGCGCAGCGAUGCACAGAAGACGUAAGUACGAGGACACAUUCUAUGGCAUGGAUAACAUCUCUCUCUCUCUCUCUCUGUGUGUGUGUGUGUGCGUCACAUUUCCAAAUGCCUGCAGGUGCCCCCGACCGCCAGGCCGUGUCAUUCGACCGCUAGCCACCUGUCUGUCUGUCUACACCACUAGACACCAAGAAGAGGAAGAUGCGUCAAUGCGUCAG